CGCAUGCUGUAGUCGGUGGUGCGGCCGCCAUGUGGUCCGGUGCGUGCGACCACACGUGAGCCAUGGGCAGCGACUUCACCCGCUAAGCCGCCACCCAGUCAUGGUUAGGGUGUUCCACCUGGGGCUGGUUGCUGCUGUUCUGAGUGCCCUGUCGUUGGCCAGACCCCUACAGCCGGAUAGACUGGAGGCGCACGAGCUGAUGGUGGCGCCCGAGCUGGCCGUGCGCAGUGAGCGCAGCGCCAACCUGUCGCACAUCACGGGACCCGCGCGCAAGAUUCAGAUGUACAUCAAGAACAGACACUUGCAGAUCCUGCCUGACGGCACCGUCAACGGCACGAGUGACGAUGUCAGCGACUACAGUAAGUUUCUUAUUGAGACUUCUAUAAUGAAUACUGCUAAACUGCCGAUUCAAGUACAAUUGUGUGCUGACAUUGCCCGGCGAUCCACGUGAGUACUUUAACAUACUCUUGUAAAU